AUGGCGACCGAAGUGCGGCAGGAGCUGGCUCAGCUGAUGAACUCCAGUGGAUCUCACAAAGAUCUCGCUGCCAAGUAUGUAACAAUGACCCUUUAACAUACAAAACACUCUUCUAGUUUCAGUCUACUUUUCCAGAUUCAGACAGUUAACGGGAGAGUUAGCAGCGAGAUAGAAAGCUAAGCUAACGAGAGUUAGCUACUUAGCUAUGUUAGCCAUACAUUUAGCUCAGUCCACGUUAUGUGUUUAUAUCAAAGUCUGGCGUGUGCAGGUGAACCUUAAUGCACAGAAUGUUAUUUCAAGUGCAAAUAUAAGCGAUAUGAACGUGUUGAGGCUCGCAUGUGUUUUACUUUCAUGUCUUAGUAUAAUGGUUAGCAUGUAGCAGCCAUGGAGCAGACAUGAUCUGCAGGGAGACCAAAUUAAACAGCUGAUGCAUCUUAUGUAAAGCUCAGUCACUAAAGAGGAAUACUGCAUAUAAAUAAUAUGUCAUCGAAGUGAUGUGCUUGCAGCAGAAAAAUCUAGAUGAGCAUAAGGACCAGGACUAACAACAUGACAGGUCCAACAGCUCCAAAACUGCAGGUGGGACUGGCCACCAAACAUCUUUUUAGCUUUGCCUAAUUGCUUUAGCAAAGAGACUAAACACAACUUACCUACUCUCUUCCAGCAGCUGCUUGUUUGUGGCGAAACCUCGGGCCAGUCCAUUACAGACUACAGCGGGGUGACACAGCUCAAGGAAGAACAUUUAUGAUCAUUACUAUAUAAUUUUUUUGAAGUAAUAAUCACCAUAUGAAUCAUUUUGCACUGCAGACGCGGUAGUUCUUCUGCCUUAGUGUCUCUGUCUGAUUGUAUUUCCAUGAAUAAACGAUCAUAAAUGUUCUUCCUUGAGCUGCGUCACCCCGCUGUAGUCCAUAAUGGACUGGGCAGAGGUCUGGCUACAAACAAGCGGCUGCUGGAUGAGAGUAGGUGAGUUGUGUUUAGUCUCUUCGCUACAGUAAUUAGUCAAAGUUCAAAAGAUGUUUGGUGGCUAGUAUUAUGGCUGGGACCCUAUUUGUACUGUUGAUGAAGUGAGGUGCUGUUCUGAGCAUUAUUUGUGGCUAUAGAGUGGUGCUUUGGUUGAGAUUUGUUUAUGGCUCCUCAGACCGCUGUGUAUUGCUAUCGUGCGGUCGUUACUAAAGUUAGUAUAACUAGAGGAGCAAGCGGUCGGCGACAUUUAUCUCCCAAGGGGGUGUCUAACUCAGUGUUACCCUAAAUUAAUUUUAUGCUGGAAUAUCCUUUUAAUGUCUCCAAGAGAGAUAAACAGGUCAACCAGAGACAAGGCCACUUGUGACCAAUGCCAAUGAGGAGAGGCGUCUGCUGGUUGGACGAUUGUUGGGGCUGAUAUUUGCGGGCUCAUGGCCUGAUCCAGAAGCGGCAGGAGCUUGAAUUGCUGAAAUUGUUCAUGCUUGUUUUGACAGAAAGAUGUCAAACACACAGUCGCUCACAGCUUGUUGUAUACAGGGAUGUUUAGCUGCAGAUUGGUCCCCCUGUCCACCACUGACAGGGUUUACAUUGGACACGUGAGCAUCAAGAGCAGCAGUAGAAAGUAGAACUACGACAAGGUGUUGUGGUCUCCAAAUUACCCACUUAGUCCAAUUGAGGGUCCGUAGGAUGGGCAACCUAGUCCAAACAACAGAGGCCCCACCUCACAACCUUCAAGAUCUGCUGCUAACAGCUUGGUGCUGGAUACUACUGCGUAUCUUUGGAGGUCCUUCAAAGUGCAUGUCUCCUUAGGUCAGGGCCAAAACACCCCUGACUAGACAAAAGGGGCCACACAAUAUCAGACAGGGGGUUAUAUGUAAUGGCUGAUCCAUGCACACACUCCAGUGGAUACAGCAGUAUCCAUAAAACAUUCACACACAGCUGUCAAAUUCCAAAGGAGGACAGAGUUGAUAAAAACAAGGGAGGAGGGGCAACAUCUGCAUGUCACAGGGCUUUAUAUGCUUUACAGUUUUCUUUUUGGACAAAGUUUAUGAAUCAGCCAUUUAAAAAAGCUGUGUGUUUUCUAACCUGUACAAUGUUCGUCAGAUAUCGACAAAUUUUGGACAAGGCCAUACAGUUUACAGAUGCAGACCAACUGGAAUCCUUGAAGGCUUUCGUAGAAGCAAGUAUGUCUUACCUGUUGAUCCAUAUUUUUUACAUGGUCUGAGUACAUCUGCAUGUCAGCUGGUUAUCCCAUCAUCAAUAACUGUUCUGUCUGUUUCAGUGGUCAAUGAAAAUGUCAGUCUUGUCAUCUCGAGACAACUGCUCACUGACUUUUGCACACACCUGCCCAACCUGCCUGAUGCCACAGCUAAAGCGGUGUACCACUUCACCUUGGAAAAGAUUCAGCCGAGGGUCAUCUCCUUUGAGGAACAAGUAAAUACCCUCACAGUUUUCUAAUGUCUGCAUUUGGUAGAUGUUUCUGAUUCAUCUGCAGGGUCUUCUGCAAGAAGGACUAAUAUGUUAUCAUGUGUUCUCAGGUAGCCUCAAUCAGACAGCACUUAGCAACUAUUUAUGAAAAAGAGGGAGACUGGAGAAAUGCUGCCCAAGUUUUAGUCGGUAUUCCUUUGGAAACAGGACAGAAGUAAGUGAGCUGCUCACAGAGUCAUUCCCUGACCUUUAAUGUUUGUGGUAAAUAUUUCCACAUAUAUGAAUACAUUUUACUUCCUCUUGUAGGCAAUACAAUGUUGACUAUAAGUUGGAUACGUACCUGAAAAUUGCACGGCUCUAUUUAGAGGAUGAUGAUCCAGUGCAGGCAGAAGCCUACAUCAACAGAGCAUCAUUGCUUCAGAAUGAGUCCUCCAAUGAACAGCUGCAGAUACACUAUAAGGUACAUGAACCAAAAUCAUUUCAGGUUUUACCAAUAACUUUUGAGUUUCUUAAGUACAAACUGUUUGUCCGUAUGUUUAUAUAUCCCUUUUUCAGUAUUUCUUGCUGUUUUCUUUCUCAGGUGUGCUACGCCAGAGUCUUAGAUUUCAGGAGGAAGUUUAUCGAAGCUGCGCAAAGAUACAACGAGCUGUCCUAUAAGUCAAUUGUCCAUGAGACUGAACGUCUGGAGGCUUUGAAACAUGCUUUAAACUGCACCAUACUCGCCUCUGCAGGUAAAAACUAAGACUACUACAUGAAAUACUGAAACAUGUUAGCUUUGUCGGUUUUAAAAAAAGGCCUCCUAACGUUAGAAACUCAAAAGCACUACAGUGAAAAUUUAGGAGCGCCACAACCAAAUAUACCUCCAUCCCACAGGCUCUACAGUAAACCCAGAGCGAGCUAUCAUUUUCAUAGAGGGCCUGAAAUCUCCCUCCCUAUCUCUCUGUAUUUCUCCCCAACCCAGCAGCGGCUUGGUGGCUGUCUAGCAUGAGUCUGAUCUUUCCCAAGGUUUCUGCCCGUUAAAAGGAAGUUUUUCCUUGCCACUGUUACUCAUGUUAAAUGAGAUGGGUUAAAUCUUCUCCAUCUUAAGGUUGGGUAUUUAUAAUUCAUCAAACAACGAGCGUGGUCUAGACCUGCUCUUUUUCUUUGGAAAGCAUCUUGGGAUGACGACUGUUGUGAAAUGGCGCUAUAUAAAUAAGAUUUGAUUGAUUAAAAUAAAGGCAUUUCAGCUGUUUAAAAGUAAUUGCUGGAAAGUUUUCCUUGUGAUUUGUGACCAGGAUUAACAUGUAAGUAGAUCAUCCCACUCUGAUAGUAACUUAAAUAAUUAUCGUCAUAUAUUGUAGGUCAGCAGCGUUCCCGUAUGUUGGCGACUCUCUUUAAAGAUGAGCGCUGUCAGCAGCUGGCUGCUUACGGUAUUCUGGAGAAGAUGUACCUGGACCGGAUCAUCAGAGGAAACCAGCUGCAGGAGUUUGCGGCCAUGUUGAUGCCUCAUCAGAAAGCCACCACAGCAGACGGUCAGCUCAGAUCAUUUUGCACUAAACAUAAUUUUGAGUUUCCAGUCUGCUUGUCUGUGUAUAAAUCACACAAAAUCUGCAGAAUGUGUGUGAGUGUGACUAAAGUUGGAUGUUCUUUGUUGUUGUUUUUCAGGGUCCAGCAUCCUCGACAGAGCUGUGAUUGAACACAACCUCCUGUCAGCGAGCAAACUCUACAACAACAUCACUUUUGAAGAACUAGGAGCACUUUUGGAAAUCCCUCCAGCCAAGGUGAGACUUUUUCCAGAUUGUUUAUGAUUUAUGUUUUUAUGUACAAAAUAGAAUAGUAAAUACAACGAUGCUGCAAACACACUGAAAUGAACAAAAGUGUCUCUGAUGUAGCAAAGCAAUAACUCCAAUAAUAACAAAACUGUUAUUUUCUAUGGUGUAUUUCUAAUGCCUGUAACUGUUAGCUCUCCCACAGCAAAUACUCAUGAAAAGUGACAAAUUUUGUUCUUCAAAGAGGAGAUUUUCUUUGGUCAAUUAGAACCCCUCCCACAAUUCAUUAAUGACAAAAUCAUUAAUAGUAUGGUUAACACUUUGUCUGGGAGGGGCGCCAAAGUCAACACAAACCGAAAGUCCCACACAAGAGCUUUAAAUUGUGCCCAUUGAGCUCAGGAUCAACCUAAAAAAACAUAAGCUGUAAAUCGUGAAACUUGCUUGCUUGUUCAUACAGAGCUGGUUUUCUAUUUCUACACACUGUAUUUUAAAUCCUGUGGUUUCAACAGCUGAGUGAAGUCAUAGACACUCUGUGAUAAAUAUAAAUAAAAACAAGUUUUAUUUUUUAACUAUUUCAAUAACCUGGAUCCUCACAGCACGGACAUUGAACCUGUGAUAUUUCUCUGGUUCACAUGUCAUCACUGACAGGUUGAUGUCUGAAUGCUCCUGUGGAGUCUUGUUCCUGUUUGUAUUUAUGUCACUUGUUUGGAUAUAAAUUGAAUCUGAUUAAGUUUGUUUGACCCUAGAGCACAUUUUCUUUUCCUAGUGUCAUUAGUGUAACUUUUUUAUUUCCCUGUGAUAUCUGUGACAUGUCUGCCUCCAUUUUUUGUCCCCAGGCUGAGAAAAUAGCUUCCCAGAUGAUCACAGAGGGUCGUAUGAACGGCUUUAUUGACCAGAUAGACGGCAUUGUUCACUUUGAGAGUGAGUUACGUCAGCUGAUGUGGUUUUAGCUUCAUUUAGGCAAAUUUUGAGCUGUUUUGUAGAUUAACGGUACAAUUCAAAUUUUAUUCAAAUCCAACACAAAUGCAACAUCUCGCUUUUUUAUUUUCGUUUAGCUGUUCCUGAAUCUGACCCAAGUACCAUCAUAACAUAUUGACCUUUUAACUUUAGAUGUACUAUGAAACCCUCUUCCGUGCUCUUAUUUUAUUUACAGAACUGUUUAUUUUUUGUCAAAGUUCUGAAAUUUUUCAUCCAAACAUUUUGCAUUUGCUAUAUUGUGACGAUAAGUCAGUCAUCUAACCAUUUGUGGCCAGUAGAGGGCAGUACAAACAAACAAAAAAUGACCCAAAUAGAACAGAGGGUCAUUUAUUUUCCCAUGGAAAGAGGAAGCGUUUUGACAGUGAAGGUAUUGCAGCCAUUAAAAGUCCCGCUCUGAGUUUGAACAUGUAAAUAUAUUGUGUAUUUAUUUAUAUCAUAAAAUCAUAAUCUGCUUCAUCUCUUGGCCUCUAAUAUAUUUUUUUUCUGUGGCAGCUCGUGAACCUCUUCCUACUUGGGACAAACAGAUCCAGUCUCUGUGUUUCCAAGUCAACAACCUGUUAGAAAAGAUCCGUCAGGCAGCUCCAGAGUGGGCCGCCCAGGCUAUGGAAACCCAGAUGACCCAGUAA